GGACGGUUGUGGUGGCAGCCGAGUGUCAAGCGGCACCGUACACGCGGGUUUCCGCACAGUGAUGCGAGAUAGGGUGCCGGCGGGUCGCGAAGCAACGAAGACACGCACGCACCGACGUCUAUUAGCGCGCGAGCUGUCGAUUCGUCUUUCCCAACGUCAGUUGGUCUCGUCCCGGACACUUCUUCGGCUGGUUACACGGUCACACACAUAGUCACGUCACGUCGUCGAUGUGUGCGUGUGUUUUUGUGGAUGUUUGGCCGAUAGCCUCUUCCUCCUCGCGAGUGCGUGCGCGAAAAGUGGGUUAGUGCUCCCUGUGCCUAAUUCCGCGGAGGAUAUGACCGACGAACGUGGACUUGGACUCCGGGAAGUGACACGAUGACGCGGUAGUGAACACCGUCGCGAAACCGGUGGCGAGUCCUUUUACGGACGUCGAAUUUUGACCUCGGCGGAGAGAAAGAGAUCUUGAGAGAACGCGAGAAUUUUAAAACGGGAUUUUAAAUGCUAAGAAGAAAAAUCAAAACUGUAUAGACGAGAGCGAAAGAUAGACAGAGUUGCAACAGACGCGGAGAAGCAAGAGAGAGAGAGAGAGAGAGAGAGAGAGAAGGAGAAAGAUAGAAAAAGAAGAAAAGAAAGAGAAGAGGGAUGGGCGCCGGAAUGGGCAGGAGCGGAACGAGCGGCGGUCUGUUGGAGUCUCUUCCCACGGGAAAUCCGCUCCAUGUGGCGAUGCUAGGCCUCGACAGCGCCGGCAAAACAACCGCCUUGUACAGACUGAAGUUCGAUCAGUAUCUUAACACCGUACCGACCAUCGGUUUCAACUGCGAGAGAAUUCGCGGCGGCAUCGGCAAAGCCAAAGGUGUCAAUUUUCUCGUGUGGGACGUCGGCGGGCAGGAAAAAUUACGACCGCUGUGGAAGUCGUACACGAGAUGUACCGACGGUAUCAUCUUCGUCGUCGAUUCGAUGGACACCGAGAGACUCGAAGAGGCGAAGAUGGAACUCACGAGAACGGCGAGAAGCCCGGACAACGCGGGCGUGCCCAUCCUGAUUCUCGCCAACAAGCAAGACUUACCCGGUGCGAAAGAGGUUGGCGAGUUGGAGAAGCAUCUUGGGGUGCUGGAACUGGCCGCAAUGCCCGGUAGCGCCUGCAUUCGCGUGCAGCCGACGUGCGCUAUUACGGGCGAAGGACUCCACGAGGGCCUAGACACACUUUACCAAUUGAUCUUGAAGCGGCGCAAGCUCGCCAAGUUGAAUCGGAAACGGGCCAGGUAGGCCAGGGCCUCGGAAGACUGCACAUGCGUCUUCUGAUAUUGUCGAUUGCGGACAGCCUCUCUGCUGAUGCUCUCCACUAAUUCUUCCUCCUCGUCUUCCCUCUUCGAUUGCGACGAGGAGAUGAUGACGAGCGUAACCGCUUGAAAGUUACGAACGGUGACCCUCCCCCUUUUCCCCGAAGGUGCGCAACCACCUUCUUUUUUUUUUUUCUCACGGCGAUUUUACGGCGAGGCUAACGCCGUUGCGGCGUACGAUUGUGGAGUCCGCGCCGAUUAAUUUGCGUGUGUGCGUAUUACAUGUAAGCAUAUGUUGAUGUAAGAGCGUCAAUAAUGAGAAAAAGAAAAAAACGAGAUAGAAACGGGAAAUUUUAACUAUUGUGUUCCUGUUAGAUUGUUGUAUACAAGAUAUCUUUCGAGAUAUUUUCGAAACGAAUUCGGACAAAAUUGCGACGUGAUGCGAACUGUGAUUAUCUGUGUAAUCGGCUGAGUUUGAGAGAACCAAACGGAAAAAAAAAAAAACAUUUUCAUAUCUUCAAUUGAACGACUGAUGAACCGAUUGACGAGUUUCAGUCUGGAAUCAGAUCCGUUCUUUUAAUUGGUAGCUAAUUUAAAUUUAUGUGUAUAUACAUAUAUAUAUAUAUAUCUAUUCGUAAAGAAAAUCGGAAAAUACAAAUCGUACCAUUUUAGACAAAAAAUUUUGAAACUUAGAACGAAAUGCGGUUUAUCUUGUUUUCGUUAAUUUUGUAUGCAACAAUGUAAUAAUCGUAAAUGUAAACGUGUGACGAUGCUAGUCGACUAAGGAAAUUUUAUUGUUGCGACGAAGGAAGAGAGAUACAGAGACGAGAUGCGCGAAAGUGGCGUAAAUGUAAGUAAAUACCUUGUAAAUAAAUUUAGGAAAAAAACGCUGUGCAACGUCACAGUCUGAUGGCACAAAUUCAAGAUGUACAGAUACAUUGACACGAGCAACGAAGUUUGUUAACGUCGAAAGAGAUAAAUUGUCUGGCAAUAUAAAAUCGUUAGAAAAAUUAUCCAGCGAUAUUGAUAAAGCACUACCGCUCUUAUUAUUGCUACACCAAUUGCUCUAUCAUAUUUUUUUAUACAUAAGAUAUGGCAAUAUCUAUAUAUUUUGCAUAGACAAACACGCGUGAGCAAUCAAUUGCUGCCUAUUUUGCAUUUUUUCAAAAUACGCUUGUUACAAGAUGCUAAAAGACUUUUAUUGUUAAGGAGACACGAUUAUUGUUGGAGACACAAUUCGAUACAGUAUAUAAUUUUAACAAUCUUGUUUAUUGCGUGAUUAUAUUUAUAUAAAUCCGCAGUUGAGCGCGUGCGUUUUCGCGAUUAUAAUCGAAUUGAAAUUGCUCAUUGAAACGCAGCUAUUUUAUAUGUAUAUGUUCAUAUUUCGAGCUUUUACCGCCUUGCGAAAUUAUUUACUCGUGAGUAUUUGAUAUUGACAAAUUAUUGUGUUAUAUAUUUAUUUGUGUUAAUUAAUUAUUUGAUGUUGACGAAUUCUCAUCGGCCGGUGUUUCCGGCAAAUAAUUGCGACACGUGAGAUUCAAAAAUCUGUUAUCAUUGCUUUGCACAAAAAAAAAAAGAAGGUUGCUCGUGUAAAGUGAUACUCGAAAAAAAAAAAAAUGAAGUGUAUGUAGCGAAUCUUCUUGUAAGCUUUAUAAUGAAAAAACAAAACAAAAAAAACAAAAAAAAAAAAAAA